CGAGAGUUUGGCGCUGUCCAGUCGGGCACUGCGCUCCGGGACAACAACAACUUUCCAUCUCGAAUAACAAAGAUAAACGAAGAAACACAAAGAUACGGAGCGCUUCUUUUUUAGAGUUUAUUUUGUGUUUAUUUAAGAAAGGACCCGCAAGUGUCUCACGAUGAGCCAUGAAGAUCCGAAGCUGGGGCUGCAAGCCGGGGAGAAGUACUUCAUGGUGUACUGGCUGUGUUGCUGCUUGUGGUAUGAAGACAAGUCCGAUAAAACUUCUAGCAGACACCCGAGCAGAGCCGAACUCAACGACGCGGGGCGCCGGCGCCGGUCGAGCGAGCCUCUGGGCCGGCGGCUGGGCAGCAGCGCGGCCUCGCUGCACCUGCCCACCACCUCCGGGGGCCACAAAAAAGCUCUGUCAGCCCACCGAAGUCACGAAGACAUUGGACGCAGGAAGUCUCAGUGUGAAAACAAAGAAGAUGGACGUUAUCACUCUGCUCCCAGCGUCAUUGACGAGGUCAUACACAGGAGGGACUGGGAACGAUCCACUAAGGAACUUUAUAUCCCUUUGAAGCCCGAACCUAACUCCGAUCUGUCGACCAGCCCCGAGGCACCGCACGCGGAACCGGAGUCCUCAUCCGUCGAGUGCCUCAGACACGAGGAACAGCCAAAACCGUGCAAGAAACAUCACACCAACAUCAAAUCAUCUAAACAGCACAAUAAUAAAGAAAGUACGAAUGAUGACGUCAAAGAUUCCGACGCCACUGAAUUUGCGGACUUCUACAGCGCAGACACUCGGCGAGACAACGUCGACCAGAGCGACGCGGGGCCCGAGGACGUCGAUAACGAAGCGACCGUCGAUAAGUCGACGUCCUGUACCACCAAGGAAGUGAAGCAGUCGUUGAACGAGUCCAUCCGCAGCAGGGAGCGCCCCCGGUCCGCCCUCGCGCCCCUCGACGAGAACCAGCCCCGAGUCUUGGGGUUUAAUUUGGAGGAUGUCAUAAACCAGUUGGACGCUUUAGAUCGGUCGGGGGCCGUGCACCACAUCGCGGAGUCCCGGGGGAGCGGCGCGGGGUCCGCCCUGCCCCCCCCCGCCGCCGCGGGCUGGGCGUCGGUGUCGGCGUGGGGGGGCGGGGGACGCUCGCGACACGCCAGCGACGGCGACAUACUGGCGUCCGCGCACCGACCGCAGUCCACCGCCUUCUCAGAAAGUGACUUAGAUUUGGAUCUUGAAAGUGCUGAAGAAAUACCACCAGCAUACGAAGAGCUCCAACAAUACGCGUCUCCUGAGAGGAAGGAGACCGCUAUUUAAUGGAUUUUAUAUGUGUUGAUAUACAGGGUGAUGGGUAAAGGUUCCCGAUAGCGAAGACGGGCCACAGCCUCGGCAGUGUUCAAUACAACAACAACGUGAUACUGCGAUCGAAAACUACGUUGUAUUAAAGCUUCGUUGAAGGCACGCAAUGUAACAUAAAAUAAGUCAUUCAUAAAGAAAUACCCAAGUUUCAAAACGAAUGCAAUAUCAUAUUUAUCUUGUAUUGUCAUUCGAUUUGACGUUGUGUUCAAGCUUUCAAAUUACCUACAAAAUUUAGUCCGGGCAUUUGCAGUUGAUGAUUAUUAAAGAUGAAGCGGAUAUCCGGUAACUAUGGGGUAUCCGGCCUAUCCGGCCAUGUUUUCACUAUCCGGCCUGAUACCGAAUAGUAAAUCAGUAUUCAGCCGGGUUUCGAUUAGUAACAUUUAAGAAAAUCUCAUGGUUUUACAAAAGGCAAAUAAUACCACAAUAGGUUAUGGACAUCUUUUAUUUUUAUAAUCGCACGUCAAAAGUGAUUGUUUUAUUACUGUAAUUAAUUUGUUAAUUAGUUUGUUUAAUUUGUAAUUAGUUUGUAUAAUACUCAAAAUUAACAAGUGGCAAACCGUGGUGAAUUAACACCAAAUCGUCGUCGUACCGAGUCGUCGCGAUCUCCUUUCACGUGCGACAACACCCGAACGCGCACGAAUAUUUCCGAAAGGGCCGAACAUCCGGCGCUCCGGCCUCAACAGCUUGCCGAAUAUUCGGUAUUCGGUAUCCGGCUAAACCAUUAUCCGUUUGAUCUCUAAUGAUUAUUAAUAUAGUUGAUAGUAUAUAGUUGAUUUGUGUCCCGGGCUAUGACCUGGUGCGGACGCCUUUGGUACACUGACGACUUCCACGGAUAUGAGCCGCGCGGCGCAGACCUCAAGGAAACUAGUUUACGGUUUAAUCUCGCGCUUAACAUUGUCAUAGCAUAAUUAUAUUACCAGUAUUUGGAGUGAGGUCGAGUGAGUCAGUAUUGUGCUGAAUGACUACUGCGACUCUACUGCGAAAUCAGAAAACAAGAGUUCCUUCUCAUUAACUAUUGUGUGGUACAAAAGUUGAUUUUGGUAAAUCAACGUCCAUUCAAGAUUAAUGUAGUUCUAGACGUUUCGAUUUCCAACUAAACAGAGAAGUCACAAUGUACAAUAAUGACGUCACAGUUCACAUCCGCGAAAUCAAUUUGGCAUCAACCCUCGCGACACCGGGUGUGUGGGACAGAGACAUGGCAUUCCCACUCUGUUUCCACUAAAAAACCUUGUAAACUUUAUAUGACAUUUCUAUAAAAUUAAAUUUUCACAGAAACUGUGUACGGCAAUCGCAAAUCAAUCAAUCGUACUCGUCUUCACAAGCUGCGUGAAGACGCGUGUCCCGGCCGGGGCUGUCGCUGCGUCGGAACAAUUAUGUAGCAAUUAAGCUUAAAGCUCGUGCUCUUGUGUUCUAAAAGAUCAGACACUAGUCAGCGUCAAGCAAUACAAUCUAGUGUGCGAGUGUAAACAAGGCCAAAAAACUAUUUAAAAUUAAACCUAAGCCUCCCAAUGAGAUUGGUAAAUUAAUAAAUUCAAUUUGCUUAGAAAUUAACGUAAUUUAUUUAGUAUGUAAGUCCUUUGGUGGAACGCGGAAUCUGCAGGAGAAGCUGGACGAGUAGCUCUCACAGGACGACGAUGCUAUUACUGUUGAUCGAAAAUUGUUGUUAGUUAAGUGUUGAUUUUAAAUGUCCCGCUUCAUUAUAUAAGUAUAUGUAUAUUCUCAGCCGCGACAGCCUCGACAGGUAUUUAGUUGAGUGGCGGUGGGGCACCCGACCGGACCGUGAGUAGUCGUGAGCAGUUGGCACAGAGCCGACAGGACAUUGUGACGUCACCACUGUUGGACUACGGCUACCAGACGCACCCUACCAUCUCGUAUUGAGUCAAUUAUACGUAUUGUUACGAGCCGGGCCUCACGAUAAAUAAAAACUCUUCAUCGGAAUAGUAAUUAAAAUUCAAUUUAAUUAUCACUAGCAUAGAACUAUUUUCAAUUCGAUUGUCGCUAUCAAUUGUCACGAUGCUAUAGUCGUUUCCACUGGCUACAAUCUUCCAGUGUGCUUAGUGCGAGCUUUUUAACUUCUCGAUCGCGUCAAAGUUAACUCAAAUUUGUAUGAAGUUGGAACAGCGCCCCUAGCGGCAAGCGAAGAGAGGCUAAAAGUAAAGAAACUCGCACUAAGCACACAGAAAUCAGAAUAUUCUCGACAGUACUAGGUUUGUCUGGCCUGUGCUCCGAGAAUCCUCGGCGCCAUUAAGCACUCGAUGCAACUGGGACACUGAAGAAAUGAUUCCAGAAUAUUCGAGAGAUGCUCCAGUAAUUGGCCCCUGACGACAGAUGGCGUUACUCAUAGCGGCUUAACUAUAUUGUGUAUUUUGGUGACGUUCAGUCUGAGGAAGACACGAGACGAGUCGUCGGACGUCUCUAGGGCUGUCGCGUCUAUAUUGUUACAGAGAAUUGAACUUUAUUACUUUCGGCUUAUAAGUCUAUCACACGUGUAUUAUAUUUUCACAUCGGUGUGCUUAGUGCGAGUUUUUUAACGUUCUCGAUAACGUAAAAGUUAGCUCAUAUUUGUAUGGAAUGGGAACGUUUGCCGCUAGGGGCGCUGUUCCAACUUCAUACAAAAUUGGGUUAACUUUUACGCUAACGGGAACGUUAAGAAACUCGCACUAAACACACAGGACGUGUGGACCGAGUCGCACACCUGUGUAAUACUCGUAUAGUAUUAUUGUGUUGGCCCAAUAAUUAUUCUUGAAAAUUUAAUUGUAAAAUAUUUCUUGUUCUAUGACAUUGUAAUUACAGCUAUGUGUAUAAGUGAAUUAAUGAAGAGAUUCCAUAUGUAUGUAAUUAACUUUAUAAAUACGGGUCAUUCUGUACGUAAUUUAAUGUUUAAAAUAUGAAUUAUACUAAAUGUUAUCGUUCUAA